AUGGUGCUGUCGCUGAUUUUGUUAGGCCUAGUUGGUGCAUUUGUGUUCUAUUAUUAUGGAAUACGACCAAUGAGUUAUUGGAAAAAAAGAGGAGUGAAACAAACAACUCCAAAUUGGUGGUUUGGAGAUAUGCGAGGAAAUAUCUACAGAAAAGAGAAUUUGGUUGAUUUAUUCCAGAGAGUUUAUAAUAUGGACACAAAUUGUAGGUACUUUGGAUAUUAUCAAUUUAAUGUACCAUUUUUACUAAUAAAGGAUCCAAAAUUGAUAAAACGAAUAACUCUUAAAGAAUUUGAUCACUUUACUAACCACAUACAGUUUGUACCACCUGAUAGUGAUCCUUUAUGGGCUAGAAAUUUAUUUUCGUUAGAAGGACAACAAUGGAAAGAAAUGAGACCAAUUAUCAGCCCUUCCUUUACAAGCAACAAAUUGAAAACAAUGUUUACUUUGAUGGAUGAUUGCGCAGAAAGCUUUGUAAACUAUUUUUCGAAAAAAAAUCAAGACAUUGUCGAGGUAGAAAUGAAAAAUGUUUGCACUCGUUUUGCGAAUGAUGUUAUAGCAACAACAACUUUUGGUGUAAAAGUCGAUUCUUUAGAAGAGCCAAAUAAUGAGUUUUACAAAAUGGGAGCGCAAGUAACAGAUUUUUCUUCAUUAAAAAAAGCACUUGAAUUGGCUCGGGCUGCUAUCUUCCCACAAUCAACUAAAAUAUCUCAAGUAUAUAUCUUUGAUAACCCAUCGCGUCAGUUUUUCAUUGACCUCAUCGAAAAUAAUUUAGAACUUCGUGAAAAAAAGGGAAUUGUUCGUCCAGAUAUGUUACAUCUUUUAUUGGAGGCUAAAAAUGGACAAAAUCAAAAGGGAGAGAAAGGAAUCACAAAUGUUGACAUUAUUGCACAUGCACUAAUAUUCUUUUUUGCUGGUUUUGAAUCGGUAUCUUCACUGAUAACUUUUACGGCAUACGAAUUAGCUAUUCAUCCAGAAAUUCAAAAGAGGUUGAGAGAUGAAAUUGUCGAAGAUUUCCAGAAAUGUAAAAGAAAGUGGAACUAUGAAGCUAUCAUUCAAAUGAAAUAUUUAGAUAUGGUUAUUUCAGAAAGUUUAAGAAAAUGGUCCAACUUUCCAAAUACUGAUCGUGUUUGUACAAAAGACUUUGUCAUUGAACCAGAAUUACCAGGCGAAAAACGUGUAGUAAUUGAAAAGGGAAUCCAUAUAGAAUUGCCAAUAUUUGCAAUGCAUCAUGAUCCUAAAUAUUUCCCAAAUCCUGAACGUUUCGACCCAGAGAGAUUCAGCGAUGAAAAUAAGGACAUGAUUGAUCCCUAUACUUACUUUCCGUUUGGACUGGGCCCAAGACUGUGUAUAGGUUCAAGGUUUGCAUUAAUGGAAGUUAAGGUCUUAAUUGCUCAUCUUUUAUUAAGCUUCGAAAUAGUACCUAUUAAGAAAACACAAAUCCCUAUAAAAUUAUCAAAAACGCGUUUUAGUGUUUAUCCUGCAGAUGGAGUUAACUUAGGAUUGAAAAGGUUAAAGUUAUGA